UUCGUAUCAAAAUACAGUCCGACAGCUGAAAAAAGAAAAUGUCAAGCAAAGAAGAAUCUUCUGCAACUUUUCUUGCGGAAUUCAAUUAAGAUCGACGCCGAAUAAGUUUGAAAAAUGGGCAACCAGUUGGUGGGCAUCGCCCCCUCGCAGAUUUUCCCCGUCGAACACUACCUGACCGAGUUAAAUGACGUGCAGUUCGACGUCAAUUUGGGCAGUACGCGGUUUCUCAAGGUGGCCCGAGCAAAGUCCCAGGAAGGUCUGGUCGUGGUCAAGGUCUUUGCCAUCCACGAUCCGACCCUGCCUCUGGCCACGUACAAGACCAAACUGGAGGACAUCAGAAGUAAACUGGCCCUUUCUGUCAAUUGUCUCCCUUUUCAAAAAAUCAUGCUCUCUGAAAAAUCGGGGCUGAUGUUCAGAGAAUACGUCAAGUGCAGUUUGUACGACCGGAUCAGUACCAGGCCCUUUUUGUGCCAAAUUGAGAAAAAAUGGAUUGCGUUCCAAGUCAUCUACGCUGUGCACCAAUGCCACAAGCUGGGGGUUUGUCAUGGUGACAUCAAGUUGGAGAAUAUCAUGAUUACAAGUUGGAACUGGGUCUUGCUGACUGACUUUGCUCCCUUCAAACCAACCUAUCUGCCAGAAGACAAUCCAGCAGACUUUUCUUACUUCUUCGACACUUCCCGCAGACGAACCUGUUACAUUGCACCCGAGCGUUUCAUCAAAACCCUUUCCUCUGAGGUGGGCAGCCAAUUAAUCCUGCCUGAGGAGAAUCUGAAACGAGGUGACCUGGUGCCCUCGAUGGACAUUUUCUCUAUGGGAUGUGCCCUGACGGAGCUUUUUUCCGAAGGGCAACCUCCAUUUGACUUUUCUCAGUUGUUGGCCUACAGAAGUGGAGAGUACAGUCCGUCAAAGCUUAUUGAAAAGCUGGAAGAUGAGGAUAUUAGAGGUUUGCUUCGGACCAUGAUGGAGAAAGAUCCAAACCAAAGGCUGUCGGCUGAAGUGAUUCUUUCUCAGCAGAGGGACAAACUUUUCCCUGAAUACUUCUACAGCUUCCUCCAGUCCUACAUGCUAAUGUUCUCUACUGCUCCAAUCCUUUCACCAGACGAGAAGAUCUCAAGACUGACCAAGGACAUUAAGAAUGUGAUCAAACUCCUAAAGGAAAAUGAAGGCGGGUCAGACGGAUUGGUCAUCAUCACCUCCCUGGUCACUUCGUGUGUUCGAGGCUUGCACCACUGCUCCUCAAAACUGCAGUCACUUGAAAUUCUGAUGGACCUUGCAGAAAGUGUCUCAUCUGAAACCAUUCUUGACAGAAUCAUUCCAUUUAUUUUUUGUUUGGUCGAGGACAAUGAGCCUAGAGUUAGGGUUGCUGCCAUCAACACCCUUGCAAACUGCCUCAGCGCUGUUACUCAAGUUCCUUGCAGUGAUGCUAACGUAUUCCCUGAAUACAUUCUUCCGAAUUUGUCAAAUAUUUAUCAAGACGAGUCGGUGUUAGUUAGAGCGGCCUAUGCAGCUAGAAUUUCUGAAUUGGCAGAAACAGCUUUGAGGUUUUUGGAGCAAAGUCAGCAACAUCCAGUGGCAACUAUGGCUGAGGGAAACAGACCUAGUUAUGAAACAGAGUUGAACACUUUGACUGAAAUGAUUCAACAUACCGUAGAGCGCCUGUUGAAGGACCCUGAUAACCUUGUCCGACAAACCUUGCUGGAAAACGGAAUCACAAGACUUUGCGUCUUUUUUGGCAAACAAAGAGCCCAUGAUAUUUUGCUCUCUCACAUGGUCACUUUCCUCAAUGAGAGGGAAGAUAAGCACUUGCGUGGCGCCUUCUUCGACAGCAUAGUUGGAGUCGCUUCUUACGUAGGUUGGCACGGGACAACUGCUCUCUUACCAUUACUCCAACAGGGCUUGACUGAUCCUGAGGAGUUUGUGAUGGUGAAGGCUGUUGACGCUGUGACAUCAUUAACCGAGUUGGGCCUAAUUUCAAAACUAAACUUGUAUGACAUGUUGCACGACAUGGUCAGUUACCUUGUCCACCCCAGCCUGUGGAUCAGACAGUGUGUUGUCGGAUACAUUAGUGCUGUUGCUCGCAAGUUAGAUUUGAUUGACGUCCAUUGCAAAGUCCAAUUACUGAUAAAGCCCUACCUGAGCAACAGUCUUAUUCAAGUAGAUAAAGAGCACUUGCUGCUAAGCGCUUUGAAGCCACCGAUUCCAAGAAUAGUCUAUGAUAGCGUCAUCAGGUGCAAUGACAUUGCUCUUUUCUUUCAAACUCUAAGAGAACGGAAGAUGAAUAGGGAGAAGUUAAAGGCAGGACAUAUGCCUUCUCUUCAAGAGACCCAGAAACAACCUUUAUCAACCCUUUUCAGAAGACUUGUUUCAGAGGGCAUGACUGAUUCAGUAGAGGAGUUCCUGUUGAUCAUGGCAGAUCAUUUGACUAAAAUCAAUCAAAGAAAGAGCAACUUGGAUGGCAAGACAACACCAAAACAAUAUUCCGAUGGCAAAGUCAAUCUUGCAGCUCUCAACAUCCAGAAAAAUUCCAUGAGCUUAUUUCACGCAAACAAAGGAGAUCCUCAGAAGGCUCGGGGUAAAAAGUUAGACCUUCAGUAUCUGCCUUCAAGUGAAGACUGGCGGCCAAUGUACAGCUCUGAGCCACAAAAUAUAUCGGUCAAAAUGACAGAGUCGGCUAGUGUAUCACCAUCCAGUAACCAUUCGGGAGGAACCUUGGCCUCGCCUCUGAUGGACAGUGCAGUUCAUUUGGUUUCUUCGCAAAAAGAAAUCGAGCACAGUAUUCAAGAAAAGUCGUUCAUUCAAUAUCGUUGCGCUCCUUGUAAGUCGGAAUUGCGAGAGUUGCUCGCUAGAAAGCAAGAGCAAUUUGUCGAGGCGUGCAAAGGCAUGGGUGUUGCUGAGUGGUGCAUGGAACAGCCCCUAGCCUGGGAACUUCGGAACAUUCCACCGCCUGGGUGGAGACUUCGAGGCCUUCUUGUGGCCCAUCUCCAUGAACACACAAGCUCUGUUAAUAGAGUUGUGACAGUUCCCGAGUCCACCUGCUUUGCAAGUUGUUCUUCCGACGGCUGGCUGAGGCUGUGGGACUGCGCCAAGAUGGAGGGCAAGAAUGUUGCAAACAAGUCUGUCCAAACCUACCAUCAGCUCGGAGGACCUCUCGUAGGUCUCGCCUCUUGUGAGGGGAAUCUUUCCCUGGCCAGCGCUUCACAAAAUGGCUCAGUUUUUAUUGCAAGAAUGGGUCUUGGAAGCAGCAAAAUGAUUGUAACUCAGUCAAGACAGCUGGACCUAAACGAAGAAGGCUGUGCCGUCGAUGUCAAUUAUUACGACUCUGGUUCUCAAUCAGUCAUUGUCUACGCAACAAUGUAUGGCUCUAUAAUCGGCUGGGACUUGCGGAGCCCUAACAUUGCUUGGAAAUUAGACAAUGACCUCAAACAUGGCGUCAUAACAUCCUUUUGUGUGGACUCAAGACACAGUUGGCUCACUCUGGGUACAAGCAGUGGUUACCACAUUUGCUGGGAUUUGAGAUUCCAACUGCCUCUCUCCACAGUGCCCCAUCCAAAUGGUGCCAGAGUACGCAGACUUGCCAAACACCCAACUGAAUCUUCAUGGGUUUUGUCUGCCGUUCAAGGCAACAAUGAAAUUUCCAUGUGGAAUAUGGAGACCGGAUUCAGACAGGUCGUGCUGUGGGCCAGUCACACCCCUCCUCUGUCUCAGACUCAGAUGUCGCCUCACUCUGUCUGCGGAAUGUACACUGGAUUAGCUGACAGAGGUGCACCAUUCCUGCUGGCCGGUGGAUCGGACAUGCGAGUCCGAUUCUGGGAUUUGGAAGCACCCUCUGACUCUUUCAUUCCCAUAACUGCUGCCAAUGAACAUAUUCCCCAAGGCGGUGUUUCUUACAAAUCAAGACCUAUUGAUGGAACAAACGUAGUGCAAGAAGUGAUCUCGAAGCACAUUUCUCGCAAUGCAGUUGGCACUCGAGUGGUCGGCUCUGAAGCAGACGCUCCUCGGCCGGGACCAGAACAGCCUGCGUCCGGACACCACGACUGGAUCAGUGACAUUACAAUGUGCCAGGCGUCGCAACACUUUAUGGUUACAGGCUCCAGAGAUGGAGUAAUCAAAGUUUGGAAGUGAAAAAGGGUAACAUGUGAUAAUUAGGAAAGAACAAAUUAAUUUUAAUAAUUUUUAAAGGACCAAAAUUGUUAUUUCGUAUUAAUAGUUGGAUUUUUAUGAUGCCUCGGUUGGAUUUGAUUGAGAGAUCACUUUAUUAUUAAUACACUAAGUAUGCGGAAAAAAGCGAAUUUUAUUUUGCAAUUCAAGUCUAGGGUUAACGAACGGGGAAUUUUCCGUCUCAGGGGACAAAGGAUGGGGAAUCUUGGAGGAAUGUGCAUGUGGCGCAGAGCCAAAAAAGUGAAUUCAAGGGCGUGGGAAGUAAGUGGCUCGAAUGCAAAACUUAUUUAGUUGGUUUCGCAUGCAAAACUGAGGUAAAAGUUUAAAUUAACACAUGCAAAGUUUGAACCUUUGUCCUCUGGGGGAGAGUUUACUUGUUUGCGGAAUUCAUUUCCAACAACAAACAACUUCUUGCUCUCUCUCUCUACGGUUUUAGGAUCUUUCUUUUCACACGUGUAAAAGAGAUAGUGAAUUUUGCACUUUGCAAACAGUUUGUCAAGUGUGCCUCUUUGUUGGCAAGAGAAGAUGCUGUUGAAUGAGUUAUACGCAAAAACUUUAAAUAUUCAGUGAAAAUCUUCUCUAGUUUCUGCACAAAAGUUUGUAUUGUUUUGAGUGUUACAACUUUUGUACACAAUCCAGCAGUUUACCCGUCUCGCGCGCAUUUCAUUACAAAGUUUUCUCGGCUGUGGCUCACUAUUGAAGUUGGCAAGCUACGGAUGUCGUUCGAUGGAGAUUGAAAUAAUUAAAAUUAAAGAGCAGCAACUUUUAAUAACAUAGGGUGUCAAAGAUAAGCAUUGUUUAUUCUAUUCGUAAUUCAACUCACAAGCUUAAUUUUUCAUUCAUUUUACUUACGGAGAUGAAACUUUUAAUGCAGCAUUGCGCUUUUCAUGCGCAUAAAUUGAUGGUUGAGUUCGGUGAGUUCCUCAGUUAUUCCUUAUUAUUUCACUUAAGAGAAAUAAAAUGUUUCAUUUGAAGAAAAUUAAAAAAAAAAUUAUUUAUAGUAUAUUACAAGUGUUAUAUCUGUUUAAAUAUAGAAAGUCUUUAUUUUACUCUGUUAAUCUCUGGUAAAAAAGUUUGGCAAAAG